UUUUUUGUGUGUGCGAUAAAAUUAUUGUUUUCAUGAAAUCGUCAAAUGCAAUAAAUAAUUGUCGCUAUUAUAUCAUUUUAUGCUAGUAAAUGUGAUUAUAUAGCUCAGUAAUAUAUUAGAAAGAUUGUUGUAUGUGUCGUUAACCUCGGAUUACGUGUGUGUCAAUGUAGUCUUUAGCGUCCUGUGCCGCCUUUUUCAUUGAGUUGAUGAGUUUAUUUUACAACAUUUGAUGGAAAGAUACUAGUAAUCAGUUCGUAAUUAUAAAAUAAAUGUUUAAAACAAUGUUUAAUUUAAAAUUAACUAAGUUGUUUCGGCGCUAUGAUUGAUGGGUGCGUUGUGUGACUUGUGUGUUAGUAGUUGUGAAAGCGUACGUACAUGUUCGUAAUGGCAAAGCUGUCAUGAGUAGUGUUUACUAUUCAAACAUUGGAUGUGUGUUAUUUGACUUAGUAAUUUAUGUAGUAAAAAUAUAUUCGUGAAAAUGUGUAUGCCAACACCGAAUAAUGUUUCGGGCUUCGGAUAUUCGUGGGGCUUCACAAGCACCGCAGAUCUCACCAAGUGUGAGGUGGAAACUCCUAGCAGUUUGAGUUAUACUUUAGGAAACACGGUCUCACCAGAAACAACAUUAACUGUUAUGUCCAAUAAGUCACCUCAAGUGCAAGAUAAAGUGGGAACUGUUGCUGUAGCUGUGACAAAUGCAGCAACACAAGUAACAAGGGUUGUGACUGCUGGAACACCAGUAGGAGGACGUAGGGCCAUGUUUGUUUUAAAUGAAACCCCAACUCAUACCUUAAAUAGGGUGUCUCAACAAAAUCAAACUGCGACAAUACAAACAACAAAUUUAGCAUCAAAGCCCUUCAUGACACCCAUCGGCCCCAUACAGCUUACUGCUGAAGAAUGUAAUGAGAUCCUAAUGAAACGUGCUUUGCAAGCUCAAGGCAUUGCAACACCGGUCAUAGAUGCUUCACAACUAAAUCAUACACUAUUAAACGGUGGUUUGAAGAGUCUCGCAGAAGCAACCGUACAGCAGUCUCAAGCAGAUACAAUACCAACGACUACUGUUCAUCAACACCAUCUUUUGCAUGCUAAGCAGGAACCUGGUACAGCAAAUAAUUCUCCAAAAGCAGUUUAUUCACAAACUGAUAUGAUGACCAACACAGUGAUGACUGCAGUGCCUCCUUUGAAAGAGCGACCAUACUCUUGUGAUGAAUGUGGCAAAUCAUUCUUGUUGAAACAUCAUCUUACAACACAUGCAAGAGUUCAUACUGGUGAAAGACCACAUGUUUGUGGACAUUGUGGAAAGGCAUUUGCUAGAAAGCAUUGUCUUAAUACACAUUUAUUGCUACAUUCAGCUGCGCGGCCUUAUCGGUGUCAUGAGUGUAAGAUGGCAUUCACACUCAAACAUCACCUUGUUACUCAUUCAAGAGUACAUAGUCGUGACCGUCCUUUCGUAUGUGGUGAAUGUGGGCGCGGGUUCCCUCUCAAGCGCCACCUCGUCACGCACAGCAAGUAUCACGCCGGCGAGCGGCCUUAUGUGUGCACAGAUUGUGGAGAAAGCUUUGCACAGAAGGAGCAUCUGGUUAUGCAUAGUCGAUUUCACGGCUCCCUUUCCCCAUUCGUAUGUCCAGACUGCGGAGUAGCUUUUGCCAGAAAGUUUCAGCUCGUGAACCAUGGCAGAGUGCACGGCAGAGUACCGCAUGCUUGUCCUGUCUGUGGUAAAGAGUUCUUACAGAAAAGGACACUUGUAGCUCAUAUGAAAAUACAUACGGGAGAAGGCGCCGUAGCGUGCUUAGAUUGCGGUGAUGCUUUCAAAUGUAAAUCAGAAUUACAACAGCAUUGUAAGAUGACGAGGCAUUGUCUCAGCUCACCGCAAUCGCAGCAAACUCAACAGCAACAACAGCAAGCGCAGCAGCAGCAGCAGCAACAGCAACAACAACAGCAACAACAGCAGCAGCAGCAACAACAACAAGCACAGCAACAAGCACAGCAGCAGCAACAACAACAGCAGCAGCAGCAACAGCAACAACAACAACAGCAGCAACAGCAACAGCAGCAACAACAACAAACAACUGUUAUAAAACAGGACGACUUUAAACCACAAAUAGUUCAAGUCAUUGGUGCUGACGGUCAAAUUAUAACGGAAAAGGCGACACCAGGCUAUAUUUGUCCCGAAUGCGGCUCUUGUUUCAAUACAAAGGAGGCGCUGUCGCUGCACGUGCGCCUGCACGCGGGCGACCGCACGUGCGUGACGGACCUGUGCGCGCUGACGGCGGCGCUGCAGCCCGGCCUCGUGGCCGCCGCGCAGCACGCCUCGCACAAUCAACCCAUUCAAAUUAUAUCAUCUAAUCCAAACAACGUAGUUCAUACACAAGUAAUUGCAACAAAUCACAUAUCUACACCUCGACCGAAGUUACACUUUUGUGUGGACUGUGGGAAAGGAUUUGCGGCGAAACAUGGCUUAUUAGCGCAUCACAGGAGACAUCCAGAGGGUAGUUGUACGUUAAGAACGCAUGUUUGCGAUCAAUGCGGUAAAGCAUUCUUCCAAAAGAAUCAUCUAAUGUUACAUCAGCGGCAACAUAUGGACUUGCCACCGAGAAAUUCACAAGCACAGCAACAAGCGACGCAACAAGCACAGCAGCAGGCCGCGCAGCAGGCGGCGCAACAAGCAGCACAACAGGUUGCACAGCAAGCUCAGCAACAAGUCCAACAACAACAGCAACAGCAGCAGCAACAUCAGCAGCAAGUCCAACACCAGAAUAGUCUAGAGUUAGAACAACAGGAUCAUCAGCAACCGACACACAUACAAGUGGUGACGAAUCGGUCCGGGCAGGUGAUCGGCAACCAGAUAGUGGUGGGCACGGUGGCCGGCCGCCGCACGCUGCUCAGCUCGCCGCUGCACAUCGUGUCGCGCGACGGGAAGCCGCUCGCCGCGCAGCUCACGCACAAGCGACACGCUGGAGAUGUGAAAGAAGUCGGCGGCUUGAUGCUCUCGACGGGCCGAGGCACCGGCCUCAUCAAGUACGAGAUCUCCAUCCCACCGCCUACGUCUGUGGUCCAGGUGCAGCAGCUGGACUGAGCCAAGCAGGAACCAGACGACAUGCUCGUCUGGCUCAAAAAAUAAAGACUAAAACUCGACGACAUUUCAUUUACCUACUUGAAAGUAAAGAUCAAUUCACUCACGGAGGCGCGUCCCUCCACGUUCAAUUAUCGGCGUGUAUUAGUAUGCUUGUGUUUGGUUGGCUUGAUUACAAGAUGUCUUACUGUGCGUGCCUAAGAGUAAAGCCAGGAAAAAUAUAUACAUAUUUGCUCAUAUUGUGUUGUCUGCAAUAUUGGCACGCUCUUACACUAAGACAUCUUGUGAGCACGAGUGUCACUCGCUCAUACUAAUGCACGCGGACACUAAGUUAACGUGCAGGGGCGCGCCUUCGCGAGUGAAUAUAUCUGUAGUCGAAUCGUUGUCCAAUAAUUAACGUCUAAGGUAUCCCACUACUCGAUGUAGAUGCGGAACGAACGGUCCAAUAUCGUGAGCCAAUCUUAAUUAUAGACUGGAGAUACUAGACUUAAUAUUAAAUCGUACUAAGCCUAAUUAGAUUCCAAACCAAUAGAUCGGAGAGCUUUAUUUGAUAGACGUCGAUCGACAGCCUUACAAUAGAGCCUUACUUUUUAUUAUUUUAUCGGAUUCAACGGUAGUUCGUUUUAGCUUAAUUAAGAGAGAAUUAUCUACUUAUACUUAUUUCAUGGCAAUAACUGAUAAUAAAUGGACGAGGCAAGCCUAUUGUAAUAUAGUGUGUUUAGGCGAAUGCUCUAAAAUUUAGAGUAUUUAAUAUCGGAGCGUUUGGUGUGUAAAAAGACAGUAGGAUUCAAUGUAAAUUAGCGUAGUGUAAGAGUACUCUCGAGGAUUAGGUACUAGUGUAAUCUAUUGUACAUAUCAUGAAGUUUUUGUAACAGCUCCGGGAAGCGUUUUUGUAAUUAACUGUACAAUCUAGGUAUCGACGGAUGGCGCUUGUAUAGAACGAUUGUACGAACGAUAUGGUUUUAUUGAGUUCGUUUGAUUGAAUGUAGCUCCGUAUACGCAUUUAAGUUUGAUAGAUUUUUUUUUUAUUAUUAUUUAAAUAGCCUCUUCGAAUAAGCUUUUUAAGUACAUAGUUUUGAUUUUAUCCUGCUGUGGUGGGCUACGGAAUUAAGUAAUGUGCAAUCAAAAUUCAAGAUUUUAUUAUAGAUCUGACUUUAUUUAUAUUUAAUGAAUUUAUCUACAUCUAACAUAUGUUGAAAUAUGCAACAGAUAAUUAAUUUAAAAAUGGUAUAAACAAAUUUAAAUAUUGUGCUUAUAAAUAUAGUUAAACAAAUAUUUGGGAUUAAAUUGUUGUUUACAGUUUAAUUAAUUACAAUUUCUUGCACACAACUUGCAUACAAUUCAGAUUUACUGUUUCUUGGUCAGUAUAUAUACUUUUUUUUAAAAGUAUUUUUCAAUAAGUCUUCUGAAAAAUUGUGAGAAUAAUGUUUUUAGGUUUUAUUGACAGUCUUGAAUGAUUGUCAACUUGUAAUAUUCUGAUUGUAAUUAAAAUAUUAUUCUAAAUUUAUUUGUCUAGUCUGUGAUAGGAAUUUAUUCAAUCAAGUCUGAAUAUAUAACUUGUUGAUCACUAGUCCACCGUCACUGCAAAAUACCAUUUAAUUUUUUUUUUUUUAUCAAUUAUGACUAAAGUAGAAUUCUAUUCGGCUGUGUGUUAAAGGAUAUAUUAAAUUAUUGCCAAAGACUAAACUAGAAAUGUUUUUUUUUUCUAUCCAGUAUUUUCGGUGGCUAGUAUAAACAAUGUUAUCAAGUGCUUCCGUACAAUGUCCAGUCUUCUCUUUUUAUUUCACAGUAUUACCUUGUAUAGAAUUUAUUCGUCAAUCGUAUGAGACACAGAAUACGAAUUUGAAUGAAUUUUCGUAACCUGUGAUAAAACUUUUAAUUCUGUUGGGUCUUACAUGUUGUUUGCCAUUUACUUACUUGUAAAUAUAUAGUGGAUAUCUAUAAUUUUUAUAUUAAA